AUGAGUGGUGAUAUUUCUGAUCCAUAUACGAUCAAGGGCCAGGUGUUCGACAUUGGUCCGCGUUUUACAAAUCUUAGUUACAUUGGUGAAGGCGCUUAUGGAAUGGUUAUUUCUGCAUUUGAUCAUCAGCGCAAUGAGAGGGUUGCCAUUAAGAGAAUCACACCAUUUGAGCACCAAACAUAUUGUCAACGUACCUAUCGGGAGAUUCGAAUCCUUAGUCGUUUAGACCACGAGAACAUUAUUCCACUGUACGAUGUUUUUACAACGUCAAAUUUUGAGGACAUGAAGGAAGUUUACAUUGUGGAAAAAUACAUGGAAACUGAUCUUUAUAAGUUUUUAAAAGUACAGCAGUUGAGUCGCGAGCACACCUGUUACUUCCUUUACCAAAUGCUUCGAGGUAACUUGAUCUUUUUUGAGUUUACUUUAGGCUUGAAGUACAUACAUUCCGCGAACGUUUUGCACCGAGAUUUGAAGCCAAGUAAUAUACUUUUGAAUCGAAUGUGUGAUUUGCGGAUAUGUGAUUUUGGGCUCGCACGAAUUGCCGAUCCCCAAUGCGAUCAGGCUGGAUUGCUGACUGAGUACGUGGCCACUCGCUGGUACCGUGCGCCAGAAAUUAUGCUCACAUCGAAAGUCUACACCAAAGCCAUCGACCUCUGGUCCAUCGGUUGCAUCCUAGCCGAGAUGUAUAGCAACCGCGUUCUUUUUCCGGGGAAACAUUAUAUUGACCAGUUGAAGAUGAUUCUUGAGGUUCUUGGUUCGCCUCACCAAGAGGACAUCAACUCCAUAAGUAACACAAAGGCUAGAACGUACCUAGAGCAGUUGCCAAAACGGAAAAAAAUACCCUGGCAGCAACUCUUCCCAUUUGCAGACCCAAAGGGGUUGGAUCUGCUUGAUCGUUUGCUUUGUUUCGCUCCCUCGCGUCGAAUAACGGUGGAAGAAGCACUUGCCCAUCCUUACCUGGCACAAUACUACGAUCCAUCUGACGAGCCGACAUGUCCCCAUCCGUUUACACACGAAGCAGACGAUCUUCCAAAGGAGCGUCUUAAGGUUCUUGUUUGGGAAGAAAUUCAGCAUCUGAAGGGGAACGAGCAGGCUGAGCCUAUAGAUGCAGGUUGA